AUGGAUACGAAUAAUGAUGAUACACAAGUUAAAAAUGCUCAAUCGUCUAAACCACGUAUGAAUCGAAUUCCAAAUGAUGAAAUGGCAAAGGUGAUGAGAAAUCCAUGGGAUCCUUUACAUUCUUCUGAUUGGGAUGAAUGCAUUCCUACUACUACUUGUUUAAGAAGAAUUCAACGUGAUAUUUCUUCCAUGCUGAAAGAUUCUCCACCGGGAAUUUUUAUUGAUACUGAUCCUGAUAAUAUUACAAAGAUUCAUGCUCUUAUAAUCGGUCCGUCUGAUACAUCAUAUGAAAAUGGAUUCUUUUAUUUUAUAAUACGUUAUCCACCUAAUUAUCCAUUUCAACCUCCUCGUUGUCGUUUCAUGACAACUGCAAAUAAUACAGUUCGUAUGAAUCCAAAUCUUUAUCAAAAUGGCAAAGUUUGUGUAUCCAUUCUCGGUACUAUGACUGGACCAUCAUGGUCUCCAGUUCUAACUUUGGAAUCUUUAAUGCUUUCGAUUCAAUCGUUAAUGUCCGAAAAUCCAUACCAUAAUGCACCAGGUUUUACAAAAGAACGUCGAUUAGGUGAGUCGAAAGCCUAUAAUGAAACACUAAAACACGAAACACUUCGUGUUGCUGUCUGCAAAAUGCUUGAAACUACUAAUGUAGUGCCACAACAAUUACGUGAAAUUAUGAUAAAGCACUUCUUGAAGUUCUACGAUUAUUACACUGAUGAAUGUAACAAAAACAUAGAUAAAGAUGAUCAACAAAUGAUAGAUCCAUUUAAUAAAAAUUGUGGUUUCUUUCAAUAUUCAUCCCUACUCACGCGUUUGCAACAGUUAAAAUAUGAACUAGAAAGUAACAAAUGUUGCAAUGAAGAAGAACAGCAGUCCGAUUUCGAUAUUAAUCAAGAUAUAAGUUCUUCUAUUAAUAUUGCUUCAAAUAGACUAUCGGAUUGUAGGAUAAAUACAGAUGAAAAAGUUUUUGAUAACGAAAGAAAAGUGAACCACAAUCAAGAUGAAGUAAAAGAAGAACAUGCAAAUGAUAUUCAAUCAUCAGAAACAAAUCUAUUAAUUUGA